UUAAUCCAAUAUCUUUUUUUCUCUUUAUAUAUACAUAUAUAAAUAAAUAAUAACAAAGCUAUAAUAAAAAAUAAUAAUAAUCACAUUAAAUAAAAUUUUGUUAAUAUUACAUUGCUGAUAUUGAAUUGCAAAUUCCGAUCUCCAGCUCAUUAUUGGUUUUACCGAAGAAGAAUUAUCAAACUGAAGAUUAAAGGGGUGAAGUUUAGAUGAAAAUAGUUGGUUGCAGCUUGUAGGGGCUGCGGAUAAGCAUGUUGGUUGCUUUCAAUUUAAUGCUUAAACAUCCUUACAGUGAAAAGUGGGGUUACCACGACACGUUACAUAGAUAUUCGCAUUCGAUAGCUAAUGGUAGUUUACACGCAACCGAUAAACACUGUUUAAACAGUGUAGAAACCUCUUUUUGGACCUUGGAAGUCCAUUGACAAAUUGAUCAUUUCCCUGUUAUAGCGUCAAUAAUGGAAAGAUAUAGAAGUAUAGAAGAAAUUGGUGAUGGAACUUGCGGAACUGUAUAUAAGGCCAUUAACUUGGAGACACUUGAAAUUGUUGCGGUUAAAAAGAUGAAGAGGAAGUAUUAUGUUUGGGAAGAAUGUGUGAAUUUGAGGGAAGUUAAGUCCCUCCAGAAAUUGAAUCAUCCUAAUAUCAUAAAGCUGAAGGAGAUUGUCAGAGAGAAUAAUGAUUUGUUUUUUGUAUUUGAAUACAUGGAACAUAAUUUGUACCACAUAAUGAGAGAACGACAAAGACCUUUUACUGAGGGAGAAAUUAAGGAUUUGUUGACUCAGUUACUGCAAGGACUUGUACAUAUACAUAAAAGUGAAUAUUUUCAUCGGGACUUAAAACCUGAGAAUUUGUUGGUGACCAAAAAUACUUUAAAAAUUGCUGAUUUUGGAAUGGCUAGGGAAGUGUCGUCUGCACCUCCUUUUACUGAUUAUGUUGCCACUCGCUGGUAUCGGGCACCAGAAGUCCUGCUGCAAUCUUCUAGAUACACUCCUGCCAUAGAUAUGUGGGCAGUCGGUGCAAUACUCGCUGAACUUUUCACUUCAUGCCCGUUAUUUCCGGGUGAAAGUGAAAUAGAUCAGCUGUACAAGAUAUGUUGUGUUCUUGGCGCACCAGACUGGACACUCUUUCCUGAAGCAAGGAAUGUUUCUCGCUUGAUGGAUAUCGCUCAUUCAGCGAUUAUGCCUUCUAAUUUUUCGGAUCUGAUUCCAAAUGCGAGCUCGGAAGCUAUCAAUUUGAUCAAGCAAUUAUGCUCCUGGGAUCCCUCAAGAAGGCCAACCGCGGAGCAGUGCUUACAACAUCCAUUUUUCUAUGCUAAUAUGUGGAUUUCUCGUCCGCUUGGAGAUCCACCUGAGAUGAAAAUGGACAAUAUUGGAUCACAACCAAAUCUUGAGUUGAAUCUCUGGGAUUUCAGCCGUAAAAAGGAUGAUUGUUAUUUGGGCUUAACCCUGGCAGUGAACCCUACUGUUUCUAGUAUUGAAAUGACCCAUAAGGCUGGCAGCAGAAGACAGGAUCUUCUUUUUCAAGCCGACUAUGAGGAUGAAGGUCAACACCCUAUUCUUUGGUCACUCUUCCCUCCUGAUCACCAUGGUCUUCCAACUCAGAUGGAGUCUUCCCUGUCAUUAACAUUCAGCAGUUCAAUUCCUUACUCAACAAUCGGAGUUCCUCAAUCUGCUGGAUUCAUAAUGCCAUCUUUACAGCCUAAUUUCUUGACCAUGUCCCCUCACUUCCAGCAGAAGGGUCACUGUCGUUGACUGUAGGCAGGCCCCUUAAGGCAUUUCUGUAACAUUCCAUUUUUUUUUUGUUUAACAACAUAUAUACUCAGACUAUGAAACCACAUUGUCACCAAGUUUGAAAGUAUGUAUAGAUUUUCCUUCAAGUUGAUGAGAAA